AUGGAAAUCAACUGCAACCGGGACUACGAAAAUGCCGACACACUCAAAUCGACAGCAAUUUUGUCCUGUGAGGUCAUGUCAUCGUGCUCCAGCGAUCUUAAAGGAGAAAACGGCAAAAGAAUCAAGAUAGCAUUUCUAAACCGUUCGGUGCCGCUUCUUUGGGCUAACCUGUUUUUUGCUAUUGUUCUUCUAAGUGCUGAAGUUGGCAAUAGAGUGGUCUUGCCUCUGUGGGUUGACUCCGCAAAUGGUACCAUCACCGGCGCGACGAUGAAUCCUUAUUUUGCUUUGUCGUUCUCGUCUAUAGUUUUUUUUAUAAUAUUUGGACUGGGAACAAUGUUCAUUCGAGUUUUUUCGCCUAAAGAUAUCGGCGACACAGAGGAGCGUUUUCCUCAUCUUUUGCUGUUUUUGGUUGGUUUUUGCGAUGCCCUGAAUGGCGUGCUUAUUCUUUUUGCAUGCAAAGGAUCGCGGACACCGCCAUAUCUUCAGGCAAUUCUUGGAAACUUUCUUAUUCCACUGACUGUUUUAUUCAGGUGAGUCCGUUUUAAGUACAUUAAAAAACUUGGUUUCAAAAAACACAUGCUACGUUCACAGGCAUCCCAAACUGACUAUGAGAACACAUGUCAGACUCCUCUCUGUAAUAGUGGAAACCCUGAAGGCAAAUCGCUUAAAUCGCAACGGAUCGAAAAAAAAUAACCGCACAGGAAGCAAUUAAGAACACACCAGGUAAAUAAUUAAAAAGUAAAGCGUUUUUUAGUAAAAAUUCCAGUGAGUAUAUAUCUUCUUGAAUCUAUUACCUGAAUUAUUCCUAUCUAAUUUUAUUCACGGCCAAGGACUUUGGGGAUUACGCAAUAUGAUACCACACGUAUUAAUUGCGGGUUGUCAGUGUCACGCCAUUCAAAAUAGAUCAAAAUAAAAAUCAAAACCAUUCGACAGAUAAAGUCUAGAAUCUGAGAAAUGAAAGGAGGUAAAUAUACAAAGACCCUCGCCAAGAUUUGGGUCGAAAGAAUAAUUCGUAUACGAGAUAUCCGAGGAAAUGUUUUAGCCAAAUUUAUAGAGCUUUGCAUCCAGAGGCCAUGCUGGAGCUCAUCCGGAUGAGUUCCAACAUAUGGCGGACGGAAACCAACAGAAACAUCUGUUACCGAGUUUUGCUACAAAAGUGUGAAUUUACCCCUAGAGGAACUCAUAAACAUUAAAGUAACAUUUUUUCUAAUACUUGAACUGUUUAGAUAGCAAAUUCCUCGAAAAAAGUAACUUUUUUAACCUAAAUGACAGCUCUCUCGGCCGUCACGUAAAUGCUGCGUCACGCAAAAGCUUAGACAUUUAGGCGUACUCUAUUACAAAAUCAAGAACCCUUUUAAGGCCAAAAUUUGCUUGAAAAUUAGUUUUCAGCUGCUCUAAUACACCAUGAAAGUAAAAUCUCAGUAGGAUCGAUAGUUUUGUAGUUUGAAUUUUAGUGACGUCAUGUGAAAACCAUCAUUCAUUCAUUCAUUCAUCAUUCAUUCGACAAGCGCCCAUAUAGUGAGUUUGGGAUGCCUGUGGUUAAAAUAGUCACGCUAUCUGAACACAUAUAUAGACUUGUUCUCAAAAACUGUCAUGUACAAGAAGGAGUAUACGCGACAAAAUGUGACGGUAUUACAAAGUUAAAUCCAGUAUUGUUUCACCGUGCUUCUUCUUUUCUGCCAAAGGAGGACGAGGCAAACAACGUUACGGAAUAAACGAACCAAAGUCGACAAAGUUCGUUGCUGGCAUUUUCUCAAAACGUCAAAGAAAAUGCUCUCCAGAGAGGAAAUCUCUUUAAAACGCUGUCAGUUUGAGUGUUUGAGCGUCAUCCUCUGAGAGAUAGGACAGACUCUCCCGCCCUCCCCCACCUAGUCGUACAGUUUAAGUGCUCUUAACAAUUGUUCAUCGUACUGUUUAUCUAUUUCUUCACAGAUUUCUGAUUUUGCGUAAGAAGCCUACUUCUUCAAAGCUGCAGUGCGCUGUAGUAGUGGCUGCUGGUCUUUUCAUUUGUCUCAUUCCAACAAUUUUUCCCACCGUUAGCGGGAAAAACAAAACAGAGCCUCUCAAUGAGAAUGGCACCAUCUCCAGAAUCAUGUGGCCAAUCAUAUUCAUGCUCGGAUGUGUAAGAAAUAUCGAUAUUUAUCACAUGCAGAUUUCACUUGUGCGCGUUGGAUAGUCAACGAAAGCGUAGCGCCGAGAUGGCUAUAAUCAUCUCAUAUCCAAAAACUGCGAGUGGAAUAAUGGUAAUAUUAAAAACGUCCGCAAAAUAUCGAAAUUCUUCCCGAAUUUAGUUAUAAAAACAACCGAUUUUCGGCUUGUUUUUAAUUUUGAGCAGACGCGUACAUUUACCAUAUUUGGAGAGCAUGGUAUAAUCCCAUGGGCCCACACAAUCUGUGUGUGUAACAGAUUGCUCUUUUAUAGUAAACGUUAUUGGAUUUACCGUUUGUUUUACCUACAGCGAUACAUCACAAUCAAUGACUACAAACGUCCACUCAUACUGAGCUAUAUCUUGUUAGUUUUCAACAAAUCAUGUUUAAACUUGGCAAAUUGACUGAUUUUUAAAGAACCUUUACAGCUGCCGUGUUGAUGGUUUUCGCUCGCCUUUUCCUGUAGUAGCAAGUGCGCGAAGACUAGGAGGAUGGGACAAGAAAAUAAGACGGCAAUUGAUGCUCAUACCCCCCUCUGGUCGUCCCUCGUGUACUUUCUUUCGCUCUCCCCAGGCUCACAAGGCACGGAAAGGCCGCAGAAGACCGGGAGAGAGAGGACGUCACGAAGAGUGCCAUGGGAUAAAUUAUGAUUUCUGAUUGGGUCAGUGGCAAAGCUAGUUAUGUUUUCCUUGUUUUCAUUUUACUUGUUUGUGAAAACUUUAGGUUCCAGAAGCUCUUAUGCGCGUCCUGGAAGAGCGAGGAGUAAAAAUAGAGAGUGACAAGUCCGGAGAACAAAUGAACUUGGUGCACUUUUUAUUUUGGACAUCCACCUAUGAACUUCUCUGUAUCGUUGCCUUGUUCUGGACAGAUAUUCUCCCGUGGUAUGGACACGUCGACGACAUCAAGAACUUCGGCAAAAGGUAUAUAUUUUCCAAUCAUAGACUUAACGGUUUUCUUUUGGGAGAAAACUUUAAAUUAAGCCGAUAGCCUGACAAUUAGGCAGUUCUCGUGUUCUCGUGGGGGGAGAGGGUGGAGCGAAAAAUCUGCUCUCCGCUAUCCCAUCCCUCUCCUCAGCCUCACAAGGCACGGAAAGGCCGCAGAAGUACCGGUAUUUCUUAAUCAUGCUAGAGAUAUGUUCCUAACUAACUCGUGUCUCACGUUUGCAGUUGGUGGUCAGCAUUGCAAUGUUUCUUUGGUGGAGCAGGUUGUAGUGAAACCCCAGGCCUUAGAGGAACCUUGUACAUUGCCACGCACAUAAUAUCUCACAUCGCUGGCGCAAAUCUUCUACGACAUGCGGAAGGAGCAACUCUGCUGGCUAUUGUCACGGUGAGGAUUUGCUUUAAAAAGAACAACGAUCUUUGCUCCAGUUACUUAACAACGUUCCUUGGGAACUUGCGCAAAAUGAAUUAUGAAAGGGGAUUCGCCCCAUUUCUCCGGGGGGGGUGUACUCCCUUAUAUAAGCUAUAUAGGUAUGUGUCGCCCCAUCGGGUAGGGUUUUUUCGCCGCUUUGGUCUGAAAGCGGGUAUACACUUUGCCUAUUUUGGUUUUUAAUCAGGUAUGCUUUUCAAGGGAACAAGAGGAGUGUAUGAACGUAUUUAUCGUUUCAAUUCCAAAUGAACAAGUUAAAAAAAAAGGAGAUAUAUCUCUUGAUUUUAAAUAGGGUCGGGAUUAGGAGAACUGGGCAGCACACCCCCAACAAGAAUUCCCAGAAGUACUCCCUGGGUUCAUUUCAAACUCUGUCGCGAUUAUAGUAUACACUCACUGAUAGUAUAUCAGGUUGCCAAAGAGUUAUUGGCGCGCCUCAUCCUCGGAGACCCAGGGGCAGUCAGUCGGGUCGGGAAAAAAGGCGGGACGAAAGUUUUCAAGUAAGUGCGGAAGAGCCCCUGGGUACCGACUCUCACCGAACUAUUUCCAAAAAUUCAAGCUGAUACCGGCUCCUGAUUGGGCACAAAAAAUGCUUUGUAUUGUUGUGCCCAAUCGGCGAACAGUUGCUCCUGAGUUCUUUUCGUGAGUUCGUACACGACGGCUAUUGUCGCGCCACACUUGCCUGGUUCGCUCACCAAGCUUGUGCGUAUAAGGAAACUUUUAUUUUCUAAUUCCUAACCAGAAACAAAGGAAUUACCGAUGAGUUGAAAAAACGUUUGGCUUACUAUCAGCAAGAGCAAUUGAAUUUGCCCCGAGAAUAUUCUGUUUUUGACGGAUCACAAUUAAGAUGCGGCGGCGAUGAGAAAUUCAAAUAAGUAAUAGCUUGACAAGGCAAAACAACAACUUUGCACGUGCAUCACGUUUUUUUGAACACUUCUUUGCCGUCAACUGCACGACUACCCGUGAAAAUGCCUAACUUCAGGUUUUGCGAAAGAGUAAACAAGCAAUAACAAAUUCAUUCUCUUCAUGAACUUUGAUAUGGUUCAGAAGAGUUCGCUUGCAUUUGACAAAGUAAGCCAGUUGGAUCAGAUGGGGAUUUUAUAUCAAACUGAAAGUUUCCUGACUACGUGCAUUUCUUUGGUGCAUAAGCUAGACAAGCCGUGAUUGAGACAAUAGCCGUCAUGUACGAACACACGAAAAGAACUCAUUGAGAUCUGUUCGCCGAUUGGGCUCAAUAAUACAAAGCAUUUUUUGUGCCCAAUCAGGAGCCGGCAUCCGCUUGAAUUUUUGGAAAUGGUCCGGUGACAGUCGGUACCCAGGGGCUCUUUCGCCCGUAAUGAAAACUUUCGUGCCGCCUUUUCUCUCGACCCGACUGACUUCCCUUGGGUCUCCGAGGAUAAACUUGGUGGCACCAUUGCUUUUUCUCAGCUGUCUUUUUAGUCAAACCAAAAUCAAAAUAACACCUACAAAUCUGGCUUAAUCAAUACCUGAUAUUUUCUAUAUUUUUAUGUUUAGUCGCUCGUCACUCCACUGGGAUUCAUUUUCUGGACUUUAUUCCGUGAGAUUCCAUUCGAAUGGUACCCCGAGGUUCGCGCGAGCACCUGGUUCAGUAUUGGAGCGCUUGUCAUCAUGUUACCGGCCAUCUUUGCUUACAACAUGGGGUAAGAAUCUUUUUUAAAAAAAGACCUGGGAAAGAGAAGUUGGGUGUCUUAAAUCUCACUAUUUCAGCUGACCUUGAUGGACUCAUCUGGUUCCUGAAGAAUUUACAAUCUUGUAAAACCAGUUUUCAUGUUCUUUCUCGAGAUAUAACAUGACCUUACACCUUGCUUAACAAAAAAAAUACACAAUUUAAUUAGUGAAAGGCUAAGACCACCUCCAAAACAAAACAGUUACAGCAGGGAGCCAAAAAAGUGACCUUCUUUAAUUAACUCAGUAACACAUUCUUCUUGCAGAGAUCAACCAAUCAGAAGUCGAGGACAGUUUCCAGUUGGCUUCUGAUUGGAUUAAAUCUGUACGAAAGAAUAUAACAUGAAUAAAUCAGAAGCGGUCACACUUUCGGGCUCCUUGCUGUUAUAUUAAUUUGUAAUAUCUUCUUAAACUCUUGGACUGAAUUUUCGUCAAUAAUGAUCGUCAAAUGUCAAAAGCUCUUAAAGGUUAACCGUGUCAACCGUCAAUUAAAAUUGGAAAAAAUAACAGCCAACCGUUCAAGCUGCCACCCCAUUGAAAAGCGGUUUUUCUGAAGUAGUGGGCAGGAAAGUGAGCGGGCUGUUUUACACUCGCCGCUUUUUCACUGCUUUCCCGCUUUCUUGGUUAUUCUGCACUGGCCGAGAAUCUGGCACAGGCCACCACAGCAUAUGCCAGUACAGACUCGUACCCAGUCGCUUUUAAUUUCUCCCUCCUUCCCAAGAGCCUUUGCGCGCGUCAAAUUGCCUUUCCAUAUUCCUUUGCGAGAAUAAAUAAUAAGUGGCGACUGGGUACGAGUCUGAUGCCAGUAUCAAACGCACGCGGAGGUAUGGUACACUUAAACUGACGAAAUUAAGGGGCUGUUGUUACAUAAAGGGAGGAAUAUGGUGGCACCAAGAAGAUCCCUUGAAGGUGGGACAACUUUUCAUUGGGUUUACAUGCACAGAUUUCGGUCCGUGUGGUUGACAAUAAAGAAUAAAUUAAAGAUUAAAGAUUACCUACUGAACAACCCGGACGCCAUUUUUGUGUGGUUUGUUCCUAGUACUAGGAUCUUCUUAGCGAAAGCAGUUUACAUGGUGCUAGGAUCUUCCUAACUCUCAGCUAGGAAGAUCCUAGCGCUUGGGACAAUUGCAAGCAAAACGUUUUCCAUGUAAAUUGAAUACAGAAAACAUCUGACGCUAAGAUGAUCCGCUUAUCUUCCUGGUGCUAGGAUCUUCGCCCUUUAUGCAAACAGCCCUCAGUACUUGAAUCAAAGAAUUAGAGACGGGCCCAUUGCGCGGAUAUGAUGGAACAAUAUCAAUCUUUUGAAUGGCCUAGUAACUCAAGAUGUUUCCUUAAUUAUUUUUAGGGCGCCAGAGAUUUCUUUGACCCCAGAUGGAAGCAAUCGUGAGGAGUUAUUCUGUAGCACCCAAUCUAGGGUGGAGCGCCAGCAAUCAAGAACCGGACCAGAAGAACCUCUCUUAUCUGACUCUAAACGACAACCCAGAUACAGCGUGUUUGAAGUUUAA